UUCAUCAAAUCCAAUAUUUGUGGGCUAUUAUUGAGUACGUUUCUUGAUUUCUAACCGUUUGAAGCUAUGUACUGAUGACAGCAGACUUCGUUCAGUAGAAGGAGGACUCCACAGUGACACGGAUACUGUUAACUCCUUGCACUUGUUUGAAGUAGAUCAUAACAGUCUUUUGAAUCGACAUCCGGAAAACGUAAAAUUGGUUAUGGCCGACCGGAAGCAGCUAUUUGUGAUCGACACGGACGCUGGAGUGGACGAUGCGCACGCCAUCUUGAUGGCUCUAGCGGCUCCUCGGGUUGACGUCAUUGGCUUGACGACAGUGACUGGAAACACUUCAGCCGCUCAAGUUGCUAAAAACCUGCUACGCCUGCUUCGAGUGGUCGACCGACUUGAUAUUCCGAUCUACCGUGGGUGUGAGGUGGUACUAAUGGGAGGAAAGAAAAAUCCGGAUUACAACUACCACGGCAUUGAUGGUUUCGGCGACGUCCCUGACCCCAACCCACCAGACGAGUCGAUCAUUAAGACACAACAUGGCGUCCAGGCCCUGCUUCAUCUGUCAAGAGUGCAUCCAGGUGAGAUUACACUGGUUGCUUUGGGGCCGCUGACGAACAUUGCCAUGGCGAUUAGACUGGACCCGGACUUUGGUAAACGACUUAAAAGUUGUUACGUCAUGGGAGGUAACUACAGAGGGAUAGGUAACAUCACCCCGACUGCUGAGUUCAACUUUUACAUGGACCCGGAAGCGGCACAUAUUGUGCUGAGUGACCUAGGAUGCCCAAUUACCAUCGCUUGUUGGGAACUCUGUAUUGACCAAAUGUUUCCAUGGAAUUGGUAUGAGGAACUUGUGACGAAGUCAUCAGAAGUUGCUAAGUUUAUUAGAGUCGUGGAGCACAGCAUCAUACAGAGAUGGUAUAUGGGUAACAAAGAUCCCGACAGCAGCAACGGUCAGAUUGAUUAUACGGACAUACAACAUGGAUAUCAUUUGGCGGAUGAAUUUGCCAUGGCGGCCGCCUGUCUUGAUGACGUCAUUCUAGAUAGCCAAUCAGCUUUUGCUUCAGUGGACACUGGAAAUAGUGAUUCACGAGGAAGAAUGGAGAUAGCCUGGAAUGGAUGUUGCGACAAGACCAAGAACGUGGAUAUAAUUAAAUCAGUAGAUUUGUCAAAGAUAAAAGGUCUGCUUGUCAAGGCGUUUACAAUCCGCUGACACGUCUUUCUCGAUUGGUAAAACGGGGUAUGGAAAAGUAGUCAUUUGAGACAGCUGGCUGUGUAGGCUAAUUGAAUUAAUUUUGUACAAUCUAAUUAAAAUUAGCUCCAUUAUUCCAUGUGGAUCUAACAACAACUAAUUGUAAUCAGAUUGUAUUUUAUACUAUUAGCCUACAUAUACACUUUCCCGUACUCGUUGAGAAUCGAUCCCUAUUAAGGAGUUUGCGAUUAUUAAUGAGAAUGUAUAAAUGCAACAAUCGGAAACGCGUUAUAUGUCAUAAUUUUCUGAAUAUCUUGCAAGUCAAAUAAAUGCAAAAUGUUACUUACAUUUUGAUUAUUAA